AAAAGCCAGAAAAAGCAGAGCCUGGAAGCUAAGGUCGCUGCCCAUGGCGUCCCCCUUUUCCACCGUGUGAAACUCUCUGCCCCAGAAGCAGCAGCUCUCGGCAUCAGCCGCGCUGUUCACACAGCACAAGCUCCGAUCGCUUGGUAUAAUAGCGGCCGUCCGUUCGUGGCCGGCGCUGCUGCGUCGCCGCUCCACGUCUCUCUCAGAAGCUUUGCUUUCGCCCUGCCGCUCCCCGUACGCUUCCCUGCCCUCUCAACUGUUCCUGGCGAGCCUUGAUAUCUUGGCCGGGGGCGGGGCUAGCAAAUGGAUCCGCCACCGGCGCCGUUCGUCUCCGGCCCGUCGUCCUCGCCCUCGCCGCCGACGCCGUCAUCGUCGUCGUCGUCGAGCGCGAGCGUCACCAUGGUGAUCAUCACCGUCGUGGGCAUCAUGGCGGCGUUCGCGCUCCUCGCGAGCUACUACGCGUUCGUGACCAAGUGCCAGCUGCUGCGCGCGCUCUGGUCGCGCCACCCGCCGUGGCACCGCCGCGCGCGGGGCGGACGGGAGGCGUCCUCCACCGGCCCCGCGGCGAGCGACGACAGGCGGGGCCUCGGCCUGCCGCUCAUCCGCAUGCUCCCGGUCGUCAAGUUCACGGCGGCGGCAUGCGGCGGCGGCGACGCUGGUGGCUGCAGCGUGGCGCCGAGGAUAUCCGUGUCGGAGUGCGCCGUGUGCCUGAGCGAGUUCGUGGAGCGGGAGCGCGUCCGGCUGCUGCCCAACUGCUCCCACGCCUUCCACAUCGACUGCAUCGACACGUGGCUGCAGGGCAGCGCCCGAUGCCCCUUCUGCCGGAGCGACGUCACGCUGCCGGCCGCGCGGUUUCCAGCGCGCUGCGCCCCGGCGGCGGCGGCGGCAGCGACGGUCCCCACCAGCCGCCGCGACACCGAGCUCGCCAGCGACAGCAUUGUGAUCGAGGUGAGAGGGGAGCACGAGAGAUGGUUCAGCAACCGCGGCGGCGGCGCGGACACUCCGGCCGGCGGCAGAAGGCCGCGGCUCCAGAAGCCGCAGCUGCGCAAGUCGGAGAGCGUCGGCGACGAGGCCAUCGGCACGAGGAAGGCGGGCGAGGAGUUCGCGGCGCUGCCCUUGCGGCGGUCCCUGUCCCUUGACUCCUGCUGCGACAAGCACCUCUACGUGUCCGUCCAGGAGUUCCUCGCCACGCAGAGGCAAGUGUGCGAUCCAUCCGUGCAUUCAUGACGAUCCAUGGAUGCCACGCCAUUGCUGCGCAGAAUAGCCUGGCUGUCAGUAGAUGAUGGUUGGGAUAAAUUCUUUCUUUUUUCUUCUUCUAAUUUAGGAGCUAGCAGUAACUGCAAAUUAAAAAUGUUUCACGCGUGGCCUUUUUGUGCCCGGCACGACAUGCAACAUCCUGCAGCUUCCCAUGGUUGCGCGAGUCUCUUUCUUGCGUGUUCUCUGGUUCCCGGGGACAGAUUGUUGCAGGUCUCUUUCUGUGAUCGGCCAAGCUCAAAGUUUUGGUUGGCUGCAGGUGAUCGAAUCGAGCCCGUGCGGCCGUGCCCUUCAGCAUCGCCCGUCCCCGUCGGACGCCGUCGACCGUGAGCCCGGCCGGCCGGCAGCGCCUCAUUCCAGGACGGCCAGGGAGCGAUUUGUUUUCCCCAUCAGUGACCAGUGCAAGGCCAAGCAGUUAAGCGGAUUGGACAUUUCGGGGUGAAAAGCAAGGGAGCUCGCAAGGCGCUGGCCUGGCUGGGGGCCCGGGCCCGGGGGCCUAGCCUAGGACACGAGCGAGCGAGGGCUGGCUCGCCCCGGAGCCGUAGGCCAGCGCGACGAGCAUGCAAGUGUCGCGGCGCGUGCGGCCGCGGCAGCUUUCCAUCUGGACCGUACGGCCACGGCUAGACGGGCCGCGGCCGGGGCCUCCUUGUCUAGCUACGACGGAACGGACGGGGGUAGCCAAGCCAUCCAUCCAUCCAUCCCUCAGCGCGCGCUGGAUGGCGUCGUCGUCGCGCGGCGCGCGCGGGCACCGGCCAUGUGCGCGCCUCGCUUCGCGGGUACGCCGAAGUGGACGUGCCUUGAAGCGAAGCCGCCCCGGCCCGGCCGCGCGCGGGCGCCUCCCGUGUCUUGCGACGCUUCGUGUCCGCGUCGCGCCACGGCAUGGCAGCUCGGCCGCCUGGUCCCGGCCCGGCCUACCUGCCGGCCCCCGGUGAGUUCGACGGCGGCGGCAUUCGACAAACUCCUCAUGCGACGCAUGCGCACGCUCGUCUUACCUCCACGCCUCUUAGCUGAUGGAUGGAUGGAUCGUGUCAUGGAUGGUUGAUCGAGCAGAAAGUGUUUACAAGCUGAACAGGGGCACGGCGCGCGGCGUGGGUAGAUUUGGUUAGCUGGUCCGGCGCGCGCACGGCCAACCAAUCAUUUAGAUCCCCCGGGGGGGCUAAUGGAGGGUGGGAUGUCAACGUUGGUGCGUGCUUUCGGGUGCGGCAUCGAUCGAUCACCAGCGAUGUUCCCGGGGGACCAGGGGGCCGGGGGCAACUAGAACAAGAGCUAACCAACCCCAACCCGGAAUGAUUGUGCGAAACGGCAGGGUUUUCCUCUGCGCGUCUGGGGGCUCCGGCGCUGCUGUGCGGCGUCGAUCAGGACCGCUACCUAAUCCAAGGGUUUGGCAGGUUGGUGUCGGGCGGCAACGCGGUUGCUGCUGCAGCUACAAACCUAGCCAUAAAGCCUUUCUCUCAAGUUACUGCUGCUCUGGGACAGAGAGAAGUCUGAAGCGUCAUUCCUUGGUAUGGGAACAAGGCACUUUUGGAGUAACAACCGGACAGCACCUCUUUUGUGAACAUCUUUGUAGGCGAAUUUAACCACCUACCAAUGACAUUUCUUUUUUUUCCCCGCGAGGAAACUACUAAGCAUCUCUUGCGUCCAAAUCAUUACUACAUACUGCAUGUACUGUAAAUGUUUCUAGCACAUUAUCUGAUCUGGAUUCAGGAUUUCAAAUCCCAGUUUAUCUGAAUACUAAUAAGCAGCACUGCAGCACGCUCAAGAAAGCCAGGCUCGGAUAAGCUUACAUGCCAAGCAUGACGCGGUGAGACCGACCGUCACAUGCAGAGCAAUGGCAUGCGCUGAUACAGUUUUGUCCGCUGCGCCGCUCCCAGGACCAGUAGAUUUUCUGACAAGUCGGCAACGACGAGAGGAUCUCGGAGGUUGCCACCGGGGACAUCUUCAUAGCUGUCCUCCCUGUAGCUUAUGUAUCAGCUUACCAGAGUCCCUCAGCAGUAGAUUGUCGUUUGCUAUCAUGAAACCUCGCAAGCUACGUCUCAUGGGAGAAGAUUAGCCAACGGAUGUGCAUGAGCAUCGGGUAUGGUUUGCUCCUCAACUUUCAACUGUAGAAUCUGCCUGCAAAAAGAAACGAUAUUGACCACUAGAGAGGAGGGCCGCUUCAGUGCUGGCCACUGCUGGUAGCUGUUAUCUAGCACCCUCACUCAAAUGGUGGAAAGCAAGGACAACCACGCUACUGGUACUAAUUGGUGGCUACCACUCAGUUUCACCAGUGACAUUUGCUAGCAGACAAGCACCUGGAUUGUACACCACGUGCUGUUCACAAUAACAUGGUAAGCAAAGGAUUUCACCAGGUAUCUUAAGGUUUGCCAAAAGAUAUUGUCGUUACAGUUCAACACAGAUGUUGUAACAGGUUUUGGAAUGUUCUACCCAAUUAAGAUGUCAUAUUGAAUCAUUGUUCCAGUCGAAACUAGUGUACAUUUUACAACCACGUUGGGCUAUUGCCGCUGUAAAAAGCGAGAACCAUGCGUAGGCACUUGCAAUAUUAAGCGGCAUAAGGGAUUGAAAAUAUCACACAGCCAGCAUAACAAAGGUCUGGUUGUCAUUUGCU